GAACGUAGGUUUCUCCGCCGCCUGGUUCUUCACCUAAGCCACGAUUUGGUUUCCUUCCCUGGCGUUGCUGCUUUCCAUCAUUCCGCCGCAUUGAAGCAGAUUCAAUGCGAUCUUUCCACUCCCCAGCAUUCAUUCCGAGUUCUUGUGUUCUUACCGUAACUCACUUGAGGCUUGAGUAUAAAUAUCCCUUCAUCCAGAGAUGCAGAACACACUUUUUCUUUGAAUCUUACGAAACCGCUGUUCAGCUUCCUCAUACUUACGAUGGCGAAUCCCCAGGUCCUUCUUGCUACUCUGAACUUUGGGCUGUGUUCUGAUGCUGUGGAGGUUAGGUUGUUACGUUUUUGGGAAGCUAGGAACGUCAGGAGAGGUGGGGAGCUUAUGAGCCUUGACAUGCUCUUUGUCGAUGCUGAUUGGUUUUGAUGCCACACGGAAUAGCCCCAAUUUCAGGUUGUCUGACGCUCCCAUGUCGGUUCGGUUCAAUGAUGGAACCUCGCUUGAGAAGAUGACUGAGUCUGUUAGGCCCAUACCUAUGGAACUUUUCAGGUUCAUGCCAUAUAGUCGGCUGCUGGAGUUGGCGAACACUGGGAAACAACUACCAGACGUGCGUGGCGAGCUGAGUGCUAUCAGAAGCACCAUCACUGACCGUAUACCAGGGGCACAGCGUGUGAUGUUAACUCUGCGUCUUGAAAGCGGUGAUAGCGUUUGUGUGAGCAUGUUUGACUCAAAAGCUCUUGAGUUUCAUGCCAAGUUCGACAGCUAUGGGAAGGAGCCUAGAGUUAUUGUUGCAACCAGCGUUAAUCCUAAAUUAGUUGGGGGGAUUGGUUGGUCAGAGAAGUAUAUGUGUUGAAAUCAGAGUGCCCAAAGUUAAAAGAAGAUAUAGAGCGCUUACAUAGCGUCAAAACACAUGUUGGAUAUAACAGCAAAGACCAAGAUAAUUUUCCCACAACCUACAGCUAAGAUGGCUGCUAGAGCUACCAUGACAUCAGAGAAAUUCAAAACAAAGUUUGCUAGAGCUACCAUGACAGGGACUUUGAUUCUCUGCUCGGAGUUCUACUGGAUUUUAAAAGGCAGAUUAGCACAGUACUAUCUGAGAAAACCACCACCUUAGCGGUGAAAACUGAGAGGGGCAUAUCAGGUUCUCAGUUGGACACUGAGAUUUGUCAACCAGAGCUUGAUCCCAUUCAAUAUCUUGGUAUGCCUGAUCUUGCAUCUCGUGAACCCAAUUCAGCAGAUUCUGUAAAUGCCAUGAGAGAUAAAAUACUAGAGCUUGUACCAAGGCUGGACGAGUCUAAAGCUGAACGUGAUAGCCUUACCAAAAAAAUGGAUCAGAUGGAGUGCUAUUACGAAUCUCUGGUCCAGGAGCUGGAGGAAACCCAAAGCCAGUUGCUAGAAUCUAUUAUAUUGACCAUUUUUUAUUUUAUUCAAUUAUUUCCGAAUAUUACACCUCUAUCAUCUAUGUUUACAAAUACUUAUUAUAAGCCACAAUAUAACACUUGCAAGAUAAUCAAAUUAAUAUACCUU